AUGGGUUCUGUCCUACCGUCUGAAGCGCUGACGCUCAAAGCUGGGUUCAAGCCCCACGGUUUCUCGCUGGCGGAGAUAAUCACUUCGGACAUCCUUCACAGCUUCUUGUACGGCCGCUGGAGGAACGUCCUGGGAGAGCAACUUUUCGAGGAGAAGAGCAGUUCCGGGCAGAAAACCGCCUUCACCGCGGAGGCGCUAGCUCAGUCCUUCACUGGAGAGGUUCAGAAGUUGUCGAGCCUGGUGCUUCCGUCUGAAGUGAUCAUCGCUCAGAGCUCGAUCCCCGGGGAGGGGCUCGGCAUCUUCUCCAAGACUUGGAUUAAACCCGGUACCGAAAUGGGACCGUUCACCGGCAGAAUGAUCUCCCCGGAACACGUGGAUCUGUUCAAGAACAACAACCUGAUGUGGGAGGUUUUCAAUGACGAUGGCACGGUGCGGUACUUCAUAGACGCCAGUCAGGAGGACCACCGCAGCUGGAUGACCUACAUCAAAUGCGCCAGGAACGAACAGGAACAGAAUCUGGAAGUGGUUCAGAUCGGGAACAACAUCUUCUACAAAGCCACCGAGACAGUACCUCCGGAUCAGGAGCUGCUGGUGUGGUAUGGGAAUACACAGAACACAUUCCUUGGAAUCCCAGGGGUCCCAGGGAUGGAGGAAGAACACAGGAAAAAGAACAAAGAUGACGACCAGAAUGCGGGGGACGGCUCCGGCGGGAACAACGUGGGGCGGAUGCGGUGCGUGAUUUGCUACCGAGGCUUCAACUCCCGCAGCAACCUCCGCUCCCACAUGCGCAUCCACACCCUGGACAAGCCCUUCAUCUGUCGCUUCUGCAACCGCCGGUUCAGCCAGUCCUCCACCCUGAGGAACCACGUCCGCCUGCACACGGGCGAGCGGCCCUACAAGUGCCAGGUGUGUCAGAGCGCCUAUUCGCAGCUGGCCGGACUCCGAGCUCACCAGAAGAGCGCCAGGCACCGGCCCUCCCCCGGUUCCCUGCAGCCGCACUCGCCGCCGCUGGCGGGGCCGCACUCGGCCACUCUGACACACCGCAUCCCCACCAUGGUGUUGUGACUCCAGCCGCCUCCUUAUCGCUGCUCAUGUGAACGAAAACUAAACAACUUCAGUGGGAGGUGGAUUCUCAUGGGCGUCAAAGCACCGACACUGAAAACAGAC